CCCGGCGCCGUGGGAAGCGCCCGGCGGGGAGCGCUGCGGCGGCGGAGGAAAGGGCGCUGCAACGGGUGCCGUCCUGCUGGAGGAACUGGCGUAUCGCGACCAUUUAUUUCUCUCAGGAACGCCAGUUCGUGCUCACGACUGCAGCAGCGCCAUGCGGGUCCUUCCUCACGUCGUGAUGCUCUUGGGGUUCCUGGGGGUCCUGCGCUAUGGCGGUGCCUCAGGUCUUCUUGAGCUUUCCCUGGGAAAAUUCAGAAACGUGCUACUGAACCGAACCAAUCCAGUGGAAGCUGUAAUCAGGAACAUUGCAAGCAAUGUAACUGUUGUUAUUUUUCAAGUACAUGCUCAGCAAAGCAAUGUGGUGAUAUCCUUUGAUAAGAAUCCAUCUGUGAACAGCUCAGGAAUCGGAGUAGACAAAGGACUGGUUUCCAUCCUUCGGCCUCAACAGACUGUAUGCACGUGGUACCUUCGGUCACUGGAUGCUAGCCAGGUGCUCAGCACAGCUAUCUCUAUUCCCUAUAUGGAGAAAGAUCCUAUUCCUGGAGGCUGCAAUCUGGAAUUUGACUUGGAAGUGGAUCCAAAUAUUUACCUAGAUUACACAUUGGCUGAUAUACACAUCAAAUUUGCACCUGCAAACCUGGGAUAUACCAGAGGAGCAAACCCACCAUCCUGUGAUUCGGGAACUGGUCAGAACUCCAGAUGGAGAUUGCAGUAUGAUGUCUACCAGUACUUCUUACCAGAGAAUGAUCUUUCUGAAAUGGUACUCAUGAGCCACAUAAGGAAGAUGUCUGAGGUGCAAAGUAUCAAAGGCAAUGGCAUUAAAAUGCUUACGCUGACAGCUGAUGACAAGACCAAUGUCUACUUUUCCUCACUUCCUGGACAAGGUGUGAUCUACAAUGUCAUAGUAUGGGAUCCUCUUUGGAAUACUUCUGCUGCAUACAUACCUGUGCAUACAUACGCCUGCAGCUUUACUGACCUAGUGGAUAACUGCUCUUCUCUCAGUAAACUCUCUACGAAAGUGUUCUUCACUGCUCUUGCCGUUGUAGGUCUUUUCACUUGUUUUUUUGGACACAGAUUCUGGAAAACAGACUUAUUCUUCAUGGGCUUCAUAUUCACAGCAUUCUUCUUCUUCGUAUUCAUUACGAGGGUAACUGGCCUUGGUUAUGAUGUGCGUCUUAUUUUGACAGCAGUAGCUGGAAUUAUCGGAGGACUUCUCUUGGCUGCAAGCUGGUGGAGAUUUGGCUCUGUCCUACUCUGUAUGUUUAUUAUUGGACUUGUGCUGGGAUUUCUCUUUUCAUCAACGGUCUUCUUUACUCCACUAGGAGACUACAGGGUCUUCCGUGACGAUGUGGUGUUCUGGGUGACCUUUUCUUGUGUAGCCUUGAUGAUUCCAGUGCUUUUUGUUGGUUGUCCAAGAAUUCUGAACAUACUGGCCUCUGGAAUAGUAGGCUCUUACGCAGUGGUCCUAGCUAUUGCUUGUUACGUCUACACAAGUCUUGCUUAUAUCACCCUAGACCUACUCAGAAGGGUCCUCAAUGAUUACUUCAGCAGAGCUUACACCAAUGUGCCUUUUCAAACAAAUGACUUCAUUAUCCUGUCAGUGUGGGCAAUGCUGGCCCUCAGUGGAGUGACUGUGCAGCUUCGCCGAGAGAGAAGUGAAGUGCCCUUCCCACCACACCCCUAUCUCACCUGGAAGAGGGAAAGGGAGCGCAGAAGCACUAAUGUCUUAGACCCUAGCCAUCACAUUCCGCCCCUAAGAGAGAGAAUUCAUAACAAGCUACUGCAUAUCAAAGAGUUUUUUCAGAAAGAGCAGCCAGCUGGGGAGAGAACUCCGUUGCUUCUGUAACCUGCCAAAUAACUGGUGGGAACAGAGGAAGAAUCUGGGAAGGGCAAGAUAAGUGAUCACCAGCAAACCAGCUAGUACUGCAGGAUUUACCACUGCCGAUCUGUCCUGCUUAGUAAGAGGAUCAUAUUUGCCUAGCCUGGAAGAGAAGUUACCUGUCUGGUACACUACAUACUGUUUUGUGACUUUCUUUCUUCAGUGGCCCACUCAGCCUGCUGUAACAUGCAUAUGUCCAACUGCAGAAUCUUAUAAUAAUGGCCAAGUACAGGUAUUUGUCUUGUGGUGAUCUAGUCUGAUGUUUAGGUGUGUGAAGGAUAAAACAGCCCUUAAAAAGUAACCUGUACACUGCUGGUUCUUCCCUGAUGGUGUGGAAAACACUACUGAAAUAUUGCCUGACUUACUCCUGAAGGUGAGCAGUCUGUCAAAUUGUGAGGGAUGAGAGAUAAGGACCAUACAGAGAAGGAGGAGUUCUAGAAGGAGCUGAAGUAUCCCCUUCUAAUAGAGGUACAAAAUGCAUGGCUGCAGACAUAGUCGUUUCCAAGGAGUAUUACUGAAUCUUGCAAGCUAAACUAAGUGACUUGAAUUUAAACUGCACUGAAUUAACUGUUGUAAGUGUGCACACUGGGGCUCAGGAAGUGGGCCUGAUCUGGGACGAGAAGACUUCCUCCCUUGCUUUCGGAUGGUUCUGUAGCAAGCUCGUCAUCUGGUCUCUGCAGAGAUGACUUCUAAGAGAACACAAGAGGUUUGCAUCCUUGUUUGCUUUCUGAACAGCCUGUGUCUUGCUUCUGCUCUGGUAUGGUCUCUUUUUUUUUUGAUGGUGCUGUCAUAAAAACAACUAAAUAAGCUCUUGUAGCCAAUGGCAGUUCUUUCCUGGAAUUGGUUGAAACGCUAUUUUUUCUUUAAAUCAGUAUAUUUUUUAAUUUUGCCUUUUAAGGGGUGAAAACAUCAUCCAGCUAGCAAAAUACUGACUAGGAUCCUUGCUGACUGAAAGUGUUCCUUACCAAUUUGGAUUACAUCUGCCCAAAGCAGAAUGUAGUGCAAAAACAGAUAAGGGACCACUUGUUUUCAGUGGAGGAUUGUGAUCUCAUGUCAUGGCUUUAAUUGCUUCCUUAAAAACAAAACAAACAGCCAUUCUGAAAGCGCAAACUGGAGCACUGUGGUUUUGGCUCAUAAAUGCACAAGCAGUCCUGAGACUUUCCUUGGUUUUACCUGCCCUUACCCACCGUGGCCAAUCCUGGUCUUCUCGUUCCAUGUUUUGUGGUGAUCUGUCAUGUGUUAAAUGAUGGUUGAGGUCUCGUCCUGUAUCUUCAUACAGGUUAUGGUGGCUCUGCCUUCUCACUAUCUUUGUACCUUUAGUGUGGGCAGCAAAGUGCAUUGUCCUUCCUGUCUGAAGGCAAACAGCUGUUCUACCUGAAUGGAACCACCAUGAGUGAAUACCCUAGUGGGAGAAACUAAAGUUCUUGGCCACCAUCUUAAGUUCUUGGUAGUAAGUACGUAAGAAACAACCUUAGUAAGGAAACUGCCAAAAUAAUCUUAUCUGGGAACUUAGCUGAAAGCUACUUUCUGGCCAUUUUCCUUUAAGGAGUGAAAGCUUAAUGACAUGGUAUCUGAGGUGACUGAACUAAUCUGAUGUUUAGAGAGAUAAAUCCCAUUACUGCUUGGAGCUGGAACAUCUGCCUCAACAGCAGAGUAGGGCUAAAAUCCUGCAGUUUGGGUCUGCCUUCACUGUGCAGUCAUGUGGCACACGGGAGUAAAUGAGGAGCUUUUUCCCUGGCCUCUAGCAGACUGAUGCUUGCUGACUGCUGUUACCACACUGAUACUGAGCAUGUCAUUGCCAUACUUGAUGGCAAGUAGAAAACACUUAUUUGGUAUACAAAUGCUCUUAAACAUGUUUACCUUGUGUUUUUUAAAAACUGCUGUGAUUAACACUGUGGAAGAAAUAAGUUUAACUCUAAUUUUUCUAUAUCUUUUAUAAUAAAGAUGUCUUUUGAAAGAA